UCUUACUUUCUUUGUCUUACUCUCUCUCUCUGUCUCUUCAAAUACCUGCUCUCCGGGAGGGAUUCGGCACUGAGUGCACUCUCAUGUCCGUGUUCCAGCGGGGUGUUUCUCCAACCUGUUUACCGUGUUGCGACAUUACCGCCCGAUUUCUCGACUUCCGCCAGAAUUGAGGUCAUAUGAUGCCCGUGCCGCAAUCGAGGGAUCCUGUCCUAAAGCCGCCCGAGACACCCGACACACCGAGCAGGACGCACAUCGCGGCGUCCUCGGUAAUGUCGGGCGAUAUCAGUAUGUGCGGCGAUGUUGAUGCGCUGUUGCAUCGGGUUCGCUCACGUGGUAGGAUAGGCAAACCCCAUUCGCAUCUCGGGCACCGGUAGUCAAACCUACCCCAAACGCAUACGCAGGAUACCGAUUGCGCCUGCUAGUGUGUCGGGUCUUUGCGCCUUUGCCAGUGAUAAAACCGGGGCCAUCGAAACAGAUGUGUUCCAGUGCAUUAGUACAUUAGUGGACAGUGCGUAGCUAGACAAUCUCUUAGCGUAAGACUUGGUAGGCGUAGUUCAAUAAACGUAGCUAGCCUGACUCUCCCACGACUCAUCUUAGGCGGAGGAGAAGGAGCAAGUUUACUGUGCUCCAUUUCGUACGGGCUCCGAUACCAGUACCAGUUAGUGCGUUAUCUAUUUUACUGUACCUUGUUAUUAUAAAUUGAGAAAGCACAAAUCAAAAAUCCGCCCUAGGAUGCAAAACAUCUCCAUCCCUUGACUGUGUUUUUUUACAUCUAUAUACACCGUCGCGCACCUAUCGUUCAUCAAUCAGUGGAGCAAAGUACCAGCAAAUACAGCAAUCCAGCAUCCUUGCAGCACGGAAUGAUACGCUGUCCGUACAUUCAUGAAAUGCAUGAACGCCUGCUAGGACCAACGCCGAGACGACCACUACCAAUAUCAUAUCCGCCGCUCGCCAAACCGGAAGUUAUGGAUCGCGAAAGUGACUGUCUGCUGGACAGCCGCCCAGAGAGCCGCCAGAUCGUGGGCACCGUGGUGAAGCUCAAUCCGGACGGGUUCGGAGCGCACACCACCUCCACACAUCACCACCAUCAUCAUCAUGGGCAGCAGCAGCAGCAACAGCAACUGCACCACCGUACGCCAUUAGUGCCUUGCAAUGGAACGGAAGAUGACGAGGUGCGCACCGGAAGGCAUCACACGCUGCGAGAGGGGGAUGGUACGAUCACGAGCACCAUCAGCGACUCGGAUGACGAUGGCAUCCAUCUGCGUACGCAUCUGCGCAAGAUCAUAGAGGGCCGCAAGCCGAAAAAUGCCAAAACGUCCCUCUUCAUCGUAACCAGUCUCGUCUACGCCAUGCUGCUAAUCGUCGUAUGCGUCGCGUACGUUAUCAGCGAUGUCACUACGCACCGUCUGCCAGUGAUCUACUACGAGGGCUUCUUUACCUAUCUGUACGGUGCGAGCAUACUGUUCCUGCUGUACGUGUUCUGCUUUCUUCUGCAAGAAAGUUCCUGCUGCAACGGCAAACCGAAACCACCGAAGGAGAAGAAACCGAAGAAGGAAAAGAAAUCGAAAAAGAACGCCGACGUGGAAGCGGGCAAGGAGGGCAAGGACGGGAAGGAAGCGGGCGCCGCUAAGGACGGUGCGGGAAAAUCGACCAAGGAGGAGCCGAAAGGCAAAGGCUCGUCCACCAAAGCUAGUUCCUAUCAGUACUCGAAAAAACAGGAAGUUUACCCGAAAAAAAAGCGUGACCAGCUGCGCGCGUCUCAGCAUCGCCGCGAGUCUGGCGAGGUGGCAGUUGCAGAACCGGCAACGGAACGAAUCGCUGCAUCGCCCGCAAUGCCCACCACCACACCACCGGCCACACAGUUGCAGGAAGCCGCACAACCCAACCCGGAAGCUGCCAUGUCUCCACGAUUUAAGCGCAAAACUACUCAAGAUCCAGCUCAUGGCAGUUUCUUCCUGCGCGUGGGAGCAAUCGCAUUUGGGCUUGGUACCAUGAUUUACACUGGGCUGGAGUUUGGAUCGUUCUUCGAGAUACCGUUCACCUCUCCGUGCCACCAGAUACUGCGCGGCGUCAAUCCUCUGCUGCAGAUGAUCUUCACCUUCAUGCAGAUGUACUUUAUCUUCAUGAACGCACGGCUCAACAUACAUCGCUUCAAGGUGCUGGCCCGGUUCGGGCUGAUGCAUAUCGUAGCCACCAACAUCUGCGUCUGGAUUCGCACGCUGGUGCUGGAAUCGCUCAAGGAGAUCACGGCCUACCAUCAGCGCCGCGGCCCGGAGCCGGAAGACUCGGUCAUACUGGAGAACAUCCGGCAGCACACGCUGCGCAACGCGGGCAUGGUGAUGGGGAUGGAGCUUGCCCCGGGCGGUACCGACACCGAGUGGGAACCGAUCAGCGUCAACCUGAACGCGCAGGAGGACCUGCUCUCGCAGGACGCCUCGAGCGUCCUGUCCAAGAUUGUGCAGGGCACGGCACACACGAUUACCGAGGCGGCCACCACGCUGGUCAGUGCCGCCACGCUCACGUCCACGGCUGCCCCGACCACCACGUCCUCCUCGACGAGCACCUCGACCUCGACCACAACGACCACUACGACAACGACCGCGAGCCCGACGACGACACCGUCCUGGAUAGAGCCGAGCACUGGUGCGAGCAGCACCACCACUGCCCGCGGACUGCUGGACCGAAUCCGCGACAUUGUCGCAACCGAGACGACUACCACGUACGAAACGCCCGCGAACCAUUUUGGCAGCGCGCAGCACACCCUCUCGACCAGUGCCGGUGGGGUAAACGCAACGGCUGCCACCCCCUCGACCGGAUCCUCGUUCCUGGACUCGUUCAUGGACCACGUCAACUAUCUGCAGCGCAACAGCAGCCUCGACCAGACGUACGAAAGCCUGGACGCGCUGUUCCCGUCCGCCUUCAUCGCGACCUCCACCGCUGUCUCGACCAACGCGACCGCAAUUAGCUGCGGCCGGGUGAACAUCAUGGGCACGAUCGUCCAGGACUCGGCCCCGUACCUCUACCCGUUCAUCAUCGAGUACUCGCUGAUCGGUGCCGCCGUCAUCUACGUCAUGUGGAAACAUAUUGGACGCUACCCGAAGUUCACCAAUGAGGAAGAUCUGGAGCACCGUCUGGAGGUGAUGCUGUCGCGCCGCGCUGUCGUCAUGGCCCAGCAGGCACGCACUGGCCGCGUCGACUGUGUGGGCGCCUCCAAGGGACUCUUCUUCGGGCUGCUGCUGCUCGUCGGCUCGCUCAUCUGUCUGAUCCUGUUCUUCGUGCUGGUGAGACAUCCGCAGCUGUCGCUGCUCGCGAUCUACCUGGCGGACGUGUCCCACUGCGCACUCAUGGCACUGGCCAUCUUCGCCAUCAUAAUUGGCUUCAUUCGCGUGCAAAACCUCAAGUUCCGCUGCGAGGAGCAGAGCAACCUGAACGACAUACUGCUCCGCAUCUCCGCGUUCGGGCUGUUCGUGUACUCCACCUUCAGCGUGAUUGCCGGCUCGCUGAACGCGUUCGAGAGCGAGCCGAACCUGCUGGUCAUGGUGACCGGGAUCGUCGCGGUCGUGCAGGUCGUCAUACAGCUGCUGUUCAUCGCGGACGUGUCGCGCCGCCGCGUGCACCUGCCCGAGCACGAUCGCAUCAAGCCCGGCCGCCAGAUUGUAACGUUCCUGCUGAUCUGCAACAUCUCCAUGUUCGCCAUCUACACGUUCGAGGCGCAGAAGGUAUUCGCCAACCCGGUGCAAUUGGACUUUUACGGCUUCAUUGCUUGGUCGCUGAUCCAGCGCGUAACCCUGCCGCUGUGCAUCUUCCACCGCUUCCACAGUGCCGUCACGCUAGCGGAGGUCUGGAAGACAACCUACAAGGCACGCCUGGAGUAAGCGCGGUUGGCCCAUUUUCAACCUGCUCAGCAUAUGCACAGUUGCUGAGAUUUUUGAGAUGUUGAGAAAUGCGAAGCUAAGUGGUUCCAUGAAAUAUUUAAACAACGCAGAGAGAGAGAGAGAUAGAGAGAAAGGCAGAGAGUAAGGAAGAGAGAAAUAGAGGGAUAGAGAGAGAUGAGAAAUAUCAGCUCAGUAUAUUAAUUCAUGGUUGAAUGUUCUUUAUCAAGUACAAGCAGCAAAUCACAAGCAAAGCGAUUUUUCAUCCCUCAAAAGUAAUGCAUACCCCAAAACUCCAGAUGACCACGAUUAAGCGAUAAAAUGGCGAUUAUUUGAACAUUUGGCGAAGAAUGUGACAGCUCUACUGAACACUGUGGAAAACCUUAUACAUGGAAGUUCUGAGGCCGGUGGAAGCAGGUGGCAACACGAAAACAAGAAACAACAUCGCGGUGAUUUGUUUGAGAAGUGUAUUUACUUCCCUCCUCAUUCCCAAGAUUUUUUACAAGAAUUUUACUUCCCCUUUUUCGAAAACUACGUAAAGUAAAAGUAAGAGUCCUCUGCGAACCAGAGGAAGCAAAUCAAUCGAACUAAAUGGCGGCAGAGCACGUUUUUAAGAAAAAAAAGAGACAGAGCGCGCGCGUAAAGCGCAGAGCGGACACAAAUUUAACUGAAACUUUAUACACGAAACGAACAUGAAUUAUACACAUUUUACCGUUUCCGCAUAACUAUUUCCCCUAAAACCCGGCGCAACCCCUCAAUCCCCAAUAACACGAUACCACGUGCCGGACUGGUUUGCUGUGUUUUUAGAUUAUUGCCCCCCUCGCCCAACGGUGCUGCCUGCUCCGUUUGCUCCGCUAGUGCACACUACCGUCUGUCCGGAGCGCUGAGUCGAAGGCCCGGACCCUACACGGCAUAGAUUUACUUACAGGCUAAGAGAAAGCGCGAAGCAAGACGUGCUCGGAUGCGACCGUUUUUCCUUCCCAGCCCGUGCCGAGUUCUGGCGUCUGCACUGUAUAAAAGGGGGCAGUUACAGUUUUUGGACUUUUUUGUUUUACUUAACUUAAGAAUUUGUGCAUGAAUAGUUCGUAUACACGAUAGCGUACCGCCAGACUACUUACACGGAUAUACAAUACGACUUUACGCGGGAUGAAGGUGGACACACGGUGGGAGAGAAACCAAAGCAGGAGUGUAUUGAAAGCUCAAUCCAAAUUUCGGAAAACGGUCUUGUUACGAUUAAUCGAGAUGAGAUAUUUUAUUUAUGUUGAUUUUGUUUUCUAGUUUUUAACAGUAAGUUUAAAGCAAAGUGCGCACAGCUGGAGUCGAACAGUGCGAGUUAGCAUUUAUUUCUCAAUUUUCGAAACCGAAAAACCGAACAAAGUGAGUGAAAAAAUGCUAGCCCGUUUAGUACCGGCUGCAUUUGGAGCGUUUUGCCAACGUUGGGAAGCUGCCAGAACAAAAAAAAAACAAAAAACCUUCCAAAAGGAGUUCCCAAUACGACCAAAACUUCAAACGCUCCUAUCUGUGGGGGAUGGUUUUUAUUUAUUUAUUUCCGACACGUGUUUUGUUUUUAUUGCUUUCAUUGUUUUCUCUCCACAAAUGAUCUGCAUACUUUUACGAGGCAAUUUUCAAUGAAAUCGACGACCGCGAAGCCGUAAUGAAAAUUAUAAAACACAUACAUACAUACAUGACACAAGACAUAUAUAUUAUAUACAUAUUAUAUAAAUAUAUAUACAGUUAUGAAACUUGAAAAUUUUAUUUACACCAAACGUGUUUGAAACAAACGCAAGGCUGGCCGUGGGGUCACCUAGUAAAAAAAAGGGUGUUUUCUGUUCAGAGAAAUCAAACAAAUCCGAGAGCAAAUAGACGACUAAAAGCCUCCCACUAACUUCAAAUGCCAUACUGUUCCCGUCACACGUAUCGGUUUGAUGCCGUUUUGCCCAAUCUUGCUGAACAUCUAAACUCCACGUGCAUCCAAACGUUCUUGAGUCACUGUCAUUGUUGGAUGAGAAGUUGAGCGAAAGCAAUAUCCACGGUUGAAGUUUUGGGGAGCCAAUUUUGGUUUUCGGAUGAUUUGCUCAAAUAAGAGACGAGUAGCAAACGAUGCAUGUGCGAUCGCGUUGAGUGUCUAAAGAUGUGAAGUUUACAUUGAGAAGCGUGACUAUAAUAUAGUUAUGUUUUUUGGCAAUACCUACGUACAAGAAUUUAAACAUUGAAUUGUCCAAUGUUCAGUGCGGGAAAAGAGCUAGAGUUAAGGAGGCGAUAAAUGCAAGAAUAAGGUUUAAUGUUGCUAUGUCACAGGGUGUCUGAAUGUCUACAAACCAUAAACUGAACGUUGGGAGUCGGCCGACUGGAUUCCUCAAGGAAGAUACGCCGUCUCCUACAAAGACCGGACGCGAUUCGAUUCCCAUCCUAGUAAGAGCUGGCUAUACCCUACCCCAAGCCUGUGUUGGGUACGUCUCUGGAAUGAUCGUGCCGCUCGUGCGCAAGGAGCAACAUAACUUUGAUCUUUACUGUUCAAAGUUGCAUCGCGUUUGCGAAGCGUCAAUGAAAUCUUGCAUGAAUGUAAUUUUGUGUUUCGUUUUUCGAACUUGACGGCGCCAGAUGGGCUGCCAGCGCAUAAGCUAACAAUACAUGAAUGCCCACCAUGUUUUUACAAACGUAUUUGAAGUGUAUUUGAACUAUUUAAAACAAUAUUGAAGCCACCGGAGGCUUCAGAUUGCUAGUUAGUAUCGUGUUAUGUAUCAGUAAAAGAGAAGCAAACCAACAAAAAAAACAACAACAAGAUAAUUAAAGUAAAAGCUAAGUGAGUCUCGUUUUGCUCCUUUUUUUCUGCUCGAGGUGAGUUUAUACGAAACGAGACAACUUAAAUAAAACAUGAGUAAAUAAGAGCAGACUAAGAGGAAAGGAAACUCCUGCAGUACUUUGUCCGUAGCAUCCCAUCUACUUGCGAUUUUGGAGAGUGAAACGUUAGAGCCCGACCGAUACAAAAAUGACAAAAAACAAAGCAAAAAUGAUGAGAUGAAAAUCGAUGUUCAAAACCACAGCUAACCGUAAUCGAGCAUUUGGGAAAAAAGAAACUCAACAAAUACAGCAACAGUAACAAACAAAAAACAAUUCAAAUACACUGUUUUUCGGAGGGACAAUGUAUGCAAUGAAAACGAAGUAGCCAGAUACACACACACACACAAAAUAAAACAUCGAAGAAUUUAGAGAUGAGAGAGCAUAUGGGAGUCGAGAUUACAGAAAAAUAAAAGGUAAAGAAAAACUACACAUAGACACACACACACACACUCUCUAAUACAAACCAAAGUUUUGGACCAUUUGGAGCAAACAGUUACGAUUGUCGCUGGUAGUAGUAGUAGUUGUUUAAACAGUAGUAUCUGGGUAACUACUAGGAAUAUUUCCCAUUUUUUCGAUCCUUUCUGACGACUAAUCUUUUGAUUUCGGUGAGUAGUUUGUUUAACGAUUUACAACAGUUGUAAGCGAUUUAUAACCGUCAAGGUGCGCCUGUGCGUCGUGGUGCAGCGACGGCUGGUUAAUCAAUCAAGCAAACUCACGCACACAUUGCACACAAGGCGAGCAUGAAGAGAAUUAUUACAUUAGGUUGUGCAUAGAUAGCUCUCGCUGAGAUUAAUGUAGCUCUUAGUAUUCAUUGUACUUUUUUUAUGACAUCAUACUAACAUGCAUUUUUUUUUUUGGGAAAUAUGCAUUUGAAAUGUCACUAGUUUCCUGUCACGCGGUUGGUUGUACUUUCGAAUGCUUUUGAUACUAAUAAUAUGAAGGCACAGUAUCGUUUUUCUUUUAUUGUACAAGAUAGCAAUACAAUCCAUAUAAUAGUCGAUUUGUAAUGUAAAAGCCGUGUGUCGAUGGAGUGAAAUAGGACACUAGAUUUAGCACUAUUUGUUGGGGGUAAAUUAUUACGUUGUUUUACAAAUUCGUCCGUUGCUGCAAUACUCGUUUUGGGUUUUGCAAUACUGCUGGAGCUGGAGGACAGAGAAAAUUCGUCUUCGAAAUUAUGGCUUUCUUUUGAAACGUAAAUUAAAACAUAAAAUAAACUUUAAAAAAGACCUUACAACCCACCCCCCCUCCCUUUAAGAAUAGUAAGAAAAAAUAAUAAGAUCAAGAUGUUCAAACAACAAUCUACAAUCUAUACAGAAUAGAGCUCUGAAAGAAUUCAAACGAGACACAUCAUACGUAUUGACUUCAGGCCGCACAGUAGAAUGUCUCAAGCCAGUCGUACAGUAUAUACACACAUACACACAAACACACUAGAGAACUGCACUAUUGGAGUGAUGCACCACAUGCACACGGAGCUGUGCCGAAAUGGGGGAACACACAAGAAAACAUAACACUGCCUGCAGAGAGCGACCGUUUCCUUCGCGCCCACAAACACACAAAUAAAACAAAACGUAAACGUAAAACAAUGUCUCCCGCCCCCCUCUUUUUUUAUUUGUACAACUAAUAGACAGACAAACACACGCAAAAAAAAAAAAUGAAAUGUAUAACCAAUGUUAAAUGGCGAAGGCGAUCGGUAUGAGAGAGAGAGAGAGAGCGUGCAAACCAUAAGAAUAAACGUUGAAACAUUGAAGCCAAACCUUCAUUCUUACUUGAUAAAUAAAUCAUAAAGCCAUAACCGAUACUCAUACAGUAAUGUAAACGCACAAACACACAUGCGUUCAUACAUGUGCAUGCAUGUCCACUCAAUUACAUAUCACCCCGAUUACAUUGGCGCUAACGUGAUCUCUAGAGCAGACGAGCAGGUGCCAUUUGCCUGCAGAGACACGGGAACCAAGGUGAGUAAAGUGAGUGCUGAAAUAAUGGAAAACGGAAACAUCUCAAACAAAUCACUGUAAUGCAAAAAAUAAAGAAUAGAGCGGUACAAAAACAAAGAAGAAAUGAAAAUAAACAAGCGAAACGUAGCCAUGCGAGGGUAAAGCAAUGAGUAGGAGACGAACGAGUCACCCACAAUUACUAGGAGCGAGUACAGUCACUCAGUACACUCACCGUGCUGGUGGGAUAUGUUUUACCACGCAUCCGCGCUUAGCGUGUCUGGACAGUUAUUGAAGCGUUUGUGAAGCAACGCUUAACGCUCACGAUCGUUGCAAAACUCAACACAUAACAAACGUCCUGUGGAGAGAAACAUCCAGACAACACAGUGACAGUUUAUCGCAACAAGAAAUACAACAGAAGAGAGAAGAAAAACAACAAAAUAAAGUAAAAGCAAACACGAGUAAAUGAAAAUAAAAUAAACAUAGUAUGACACGCGUGAGACAGUGCAUAGAAGAAAUUAAGCAAAAAAAAAGCCAUUCCCAUUGUAAUCAUUAUUCUUACGCAUUCAAAUCUGCAUGUAGCAUCUAGUUUGACGCAGCAGGCGGUAAAAUGAAGAAAGUAAUACAUUUAUUAAAUAAAAGUAAAGAAAAACAAAACAACACACUCAAAUAAUGCUAUAAAAAAGAAACCGAGAAUGCCGAGCGGAGAGGCACGAGGAAGGAAAACAACAUUUUAGCAAACGUACAGCAAAACGUAAAAAGUAAAUAACGAAGGCGAAACAAUUUUCUUAAAAAAUUGAAACAGCAGGUAGAGCGCAAACGAAAGAGAAAAGAAUCCCCUCAUCGCGUGCCGCAUACAGACACACGUUCACCCGUACAUGUACAAUGUGUUUCAUUAUGGAUAGUAAAAGGAAAAACAAAAAGUGUGUAUAACAAAAAAAUAAGAAGUUUAUAUUUUACCGUAGAAUAAGUUACGCUGAAUUUUGUGUUAAGCACAAAGCACAAAAAAACAAACCGACAACACACUGGUGUAUGCGUACCAUCUCCUUGCAUAGACCGGACAUUGGAACACAUUGCAUAAAACGUACAUAUACAAGCGCACAGCAUACAACAACAUACAAUGAAAGACAGCCAGUGCUGUAAAAAGUGGCACACAAAACACCUAAAGAUGCUGCGACAGAGAUGCUAACGAAAACGAAAACAGAUUAAAAAAGAAAGCAGUUACAAAUUACAAACAACAGAUUAGAUGAAAGGUUCGUAUAUUUUUAUAAGAAGCGAGUCAAAUUUUGUUAAACAUUGCCCUCAAUUAUUGAUCAAACCCCUUUUCCCUGGAAUGAGCAGAGAUGCAAAGCGAAGAAGAGAAUGGCGGUAACGGAAGGCGCAAAUCGAACAAGAAACUGUUGUUAAAUCACAAGCGAGCAGGAAGAAGCUACGGAUUGAUACGCUUGCAUACUAACCCUGUAUAGGGAAGGGGGGAGGGGGGGGUAAGGAUCUUUGUUGUGAUUAUGUAUACAUUGUACCUUCCUUACCUGUACGGAGAAGAAAACAAAAGUAAUCAAAACGAUUGGGAAAACAGAGCAAAAUAGCAAAGGUGAAGCUAGCAGAAGGGAGUGCAAAAGUAAGGGCAAGCUGGAAUGAACUAGACUAGGGAGCCGGCUGUUGAACUGGUGAACUUUUCAAGCAAAUGGCGCUAAGUGUGGCUCUUUAUAGACCAUAUAUAUUCUUGUUAGUUUUAUUAUUCUUCAAAUUCGGGAGGGAGCAUACGGUCAGCUGAAAAGUGAAGAAAGCGAGUACAGACAAAGAUUAAUCGCCAGUGUAGUUUGGUCCUCCGCGCGGAAUUAUCUAGCGACGACCAGCAAACCAGAAACAGUGUUGGUUGGCUUAUGUUUAAUUACCUUAAUCCUUGAACGUUCCAUAAAUCGACAAAAAGGGACAAAUGCAUAAUGCAGUGCAGAUAAUUUUAAAACUUAUGGUAGCUUUACUUUGACAAGUUCAUUGCAUGCGCUUAAUUAUUCCUUUUCAUUUUCAUUUUUUUGCAAAAAAAUGUAAAAGAAUAAUUUCUUCAAAAGAGGCCAUAGAUACUGUAGGAAUCCAUACAGUGGAGACAAGGGUUAAUUUUUUUUUAAAUAAAUAUCAUAUCGAUUAUGUUGCUGGUCGUUCUCCAAUUUCCGUAUAAUGAAGCUACCAUAACGAGCCCCGAAAAACAGGGAGUGAGAAAUACAAAAUGAUUUUUUAGAAGCAAAGCUCUACACAGAUUGAUUUUUAUAUUCAUAUAGAUGUAUGUGCGUGUAUAUUAUUUUUUUUUGUGUGCAACAAAAGUAUUAAAUACCUAGAGAAGAAACACUACAGGACGAAAAUGCUGACUAUAAAGUGUGCUGUUUGGUUAAUUUGAUCUCCCGUAGGGUGGUUUGCUUGGUCAGGAUUGGUACAUUACACACAAAAAAAAUGCAAUGAAUACUAGUGACAUACACACACUACACUUUAAAGAUUACAAGUACGAACCAGACCCCGGAAGCACCGGAAAGUUUGGUGGGUGGGAAUCAAUAUGACAAUGGAUGAUUGUAUGAAGCCACACGAUCGCGCUUGUGGGUGUGGAAAUGUGUGUAACAAACGAUCUCGUAUGUGUAGAAAUCAGUUGAUGGAAUAAAAUUUGAACCUAUUUGGCUAAUGAACUGUAAACAAA